UUGACUUUUUAUUUUGGUUUUGUGUAGCGGCCAUCUUGAAAUUGUGUCUUCCUGGCGCCGAUCUUGGCGUCAAAAAAAGAAUCGCCAAAAAACAAGGGGCACCCAAUUGUAAACUUUUACCGGAUGCGGAUGCGCUGCUGGACUUGCGGAUGCAUGCCUUUGUGUGUAUAUUGAGGUUCAGAUAUUAAUGGAUUUUUCUAGUUAUAAAUCUCCUUAUCAUCAACUCAGCAUGUUUUAAAAGGUACAUUUGUUACAACUGUUUUAAUUCGUAUCCUGUGUAAACAAAAAAGAAGUGUGGAUUUGGUUGAAUAUUUAUUUGAAAUUAAUUUCGGAAUGCUGGAUGCAAUUAUGUGAUUAUAUUCUUGCUGAUAUAAUAUGUGAUAUUAAUUUAAGUUAAAUCUAAGGUGAAUGCUGAAUACUUAUUUCUGGAACUUUAAUUUCAGAAAUAGAUGCAAUGAAUAUGUGAUUUCAUUAAUAUUAGUUUAAAAUCUAAGAAACAAAACUGGAAAUGAACCUUCAAUAUAUAUUACGGCAAGUUGAACCUGGACUUGCUAAUCCUCUUAUAAUUAAUUUAAAUGAGGAAGAAGUGUUCAUAGGUGGUCAAAUGAUUCCUGAAUUAAUAAUGUAUGACAGAGUUUCUCGUGUGCAUGCGUAUAUUAAAAAAAGAGGAAAUGAAUUUUUUGUAAGGGAUUUAGGAAGUUUAAAUGGUGUUUAUGUCAAUGGUAUUAAAAUAGGCGAGGAUCUGCAUAAAUUAGAAAUCGGAGACUUAAUUGGAUUUGGUGUUCCUUCUUUUAAUGAUGGUGGUUUUGUUUGCACAUUUAGUGCUAAAGUCGUGUCUUCCAUUGCACUAAAACACAGACAUUGUGCUGUGGAAGACACUGAGUGUAACCCUGUAAAGAAAAUAAAACAAGAAAUUAUAAUACCUGAAAAUGAUGGAAUUGAAGUUGUAUUAGAAAAUAAAUCUUUUAUUAACAGUAUAUUAGAUGAAAAAAAAGUACUGGAAUUAGAGAAUUUGGAAGUUGUAGAAAGUAAACCUGUAAAAAUUAAAAGAGAAAUUCUGGAGACUAAAGACACUGUAAGUGAAGAUAAUUUUAAAAAUACUUCAGUUUCUUCACCUGAUGAGCAUAUCUUCAACAAAAAUAUUCCUUCUAAUUAUGAAAUUUUAGGAAUGGACUAUGAUCCUUCAAGUGCAUUUGUGAAUUCAACACUUUUGAAUAAGGGAGAAAGUAAGAUACAUUUUUCGUCAGAUACACAAAUUCUUGAUCAGACUGCUAAGUCAAGUUGUCCUGUCAGAAUCAGUAAUUCUUUGCAGCAACAUCAAAUAGAAUUGUUUAAAAAUACAGAAAACUUGCAGAAUAAUAAAAAUGAAUUAUACUUAUCAGGUAGUUCCUGGGACCUUCCUGGGACCGAGUCAGAAUUGGUGGAAAUCUCUAAGGUUUCAUGCUUCACUAAAGAGACUGAUUUUGUUAAAAGAAAUAAUCUGUUGAUGGUAGAAACUGAAACAGCUUUAAUAAAGCCAUUACAUCACAUUCAUGAUAAAAGAAAGAUAAUAUCCUCUGAUGCAGAAGAAAUAAUUUGCAUUUCAAAUGAUGAUGAAAUUAUUUCAGCUGUCAAUUUUAAACCUUUAGAUGAUAAUUCACUACCUAAUUUUAAACAGUCUCAUUUUGAUAUACCUGAAACCGAAUCAGAAUGUACAAACAAAAAUUUUGGAGAUGUUUGUAUUAAAGAAACUAAUAAACCAGUAUUAAAUACUAUAACAGCAAAUAAAAAUGACUUAAAAAGAAGAGAAGUUGUUAAAUCAUGUGGAAAGGCACUGUUAACCGAGCCUUUACCAAUGCGUUAUCGAAAUACCAAAAUAAGAGGCAAGGAAGAAUGGUUUAAAGAGCAGAAUGAUUAUAGGAAAAUACAUGUUAAAAAAAAGAGCAAUGUUCGAUUGAUUCCAUCGUGUAAGAAUACAUCUGACAAAUCAGUGAAAAGAAAUUUUGUUAAAAGUCAUAAUUUAAUAUCUAAAGAUGACCAGAAUAAUGGUAUGCAACAAAUAUCUGAAUUGGAAAUUAGUGCAGAUUGUCUUUCUUCUGAAACAAGAUCAUCUCACUUAAUCAGUGCAACUGUAUUCAAGGAGAAUUCGAUUGAAACCAAAGUUCUUUCAAACAAAGGAGCAUCAAAACCACCUUCCAUUGCUAAGAGGCCUGAGAAUUAUGGCUCUCGUAUAUCAAACUUAGUAGAAACUAUGCUAAAUGGGAAAAACGUAUGUGCAAGAAAAACUGUGGUAAAAAAUAUUAAGGAUCAGGUUGCAGAAAAAACAAAUCAUUCUAAAGAAGGUCAAGUAACAAAAACCAAUAUGAGAAGUAUUCAAAAUGAAUCGCAAGAUAAAACUUAUGUAUCAUUACUACAAAACAUGCCAAUAAAUUCUAUUACCACUAAUAUAAAUAAAGAGGAUUUAAAUUGUGAAUAUAAGGAUUUAGCAGAUGGAGAUAAGGAAAGUAAAUUUAGUUUAUUUAAAAAUAAAAUUAAUGACUGCUCGAAUGGUUUUCAAGGUGAAGCUAACUUAACGCCGUCAAGGAAUGCAUUUAAUUCAGUUACUUUUGAUUCAACUAAAAGAGCUGAAGUUCAUGUGAAAGAACUGCAAGAAUGUGAACCUGAUAAAUGUUCAAAUAAAAUCCAAAAUUUAUCAUCAGUAUCUGGUGAUUUGAUAAACAUGGCCAACAGAAAAACAUUUAAAAGAAGGUCGGCAUUGAAGGAUAAGUCAUCAGGUCCAAAAAGGGAAGCCCCAAUAAAUAUAAAAAAUUCAAAUAAUGUUCAGUCUGAAUGUGAAUUAAGUCCAUCUUCUGUUAAGCUGCCGGUCAGUUCUACCAGCAAUAAUUUAAAUAAAGCAAAUUUAAAGCUUUCAUAUAGAGAUAAUCAAGAAUUCAAAUUUGCUCUAAUGGGUAGUAGUCAAUUAACAAAGGAGGCAUGUAAUUCUUGUAUAUCUUUGAGCAAAACUGAUUUAAUGCCAACCACAAAUACAGGAACAAAAACAGACAACAUUUUCCCUUGUCAUGGAAAUAGUAAUUCAGAAUUAAAUCAUCAUUUAUCACCUGCACAGACAAUAAACUUUUAUUCUGUUUUAGAAGAAGUACUUGGAUUUGAUGUAUCUUCUUUUAUAAAUAAGGUUCAUGAAUCUUUUCCAUUUGGAAAUAUUAGAUCUUUACCACACUCUUUUGAAUCAUUAGAUUCUUAUGUAUCUUCAUUCCAUGCAGCUAUUUUAUCUGAAGUUUGGGAUUUAAUAUUCUUUGAAAGCAAGCGAAUACAAGAAUGUAGGAAAAGUUUAAGAAAAUUUUACAUAUCCAUUGUAAACGUGUGUGGAAUUAGUAAUGGCAUGAUGGAAUUGCAGUGUGAAUCAGUUGUAAAUAAGUUAUCUUUCUGCCCAUGUGAAGGAUUUAUAAUAUUAUUAAAUCAUAAAAAUGAAACCCAUGAUACUUACAUAAUUGGUUACAUUGACAAGCAGUAUAAUAGAACACUGAAUCUACAGACUUUAACACCCGAAUGGAAGCAUUUACAUUCAAAAUACUUAGACGAAGCAAUUAUUGUGAAGUUUUCUGUUUAUAUAAAGAUCUUACAAACUUAUCCCUUAUGCAGAAAAUUAAUGACAGCAAAUGCUGUCUGCCGUGUAAAAAGUAAAUUGUCACUGGCAGAUACGUUUCAUUGUCUUUAUACUUCACCAUUGCUGAAAGAUAUUUUAUAUCCUAGUGAGAAAGCGUUUUUCUUAAGUAAUCCCCAUAUGUUUCCUGGCAAACCUCCUUUUAGCUAUUCUCCAAAGCAAGCUAUAUUAGCAAUUAGUGAUGUGAUAUAUAAUGCAGCUCCUGAUCCCAAAAUUAUUGUUCUCCGUACAUCUUAUAUAGAUAAAACUCAAACUAUUGUUGGGUUACUUCAGAAUUUACUUUCUAAUAACUUACUAUAUAAUAACAGUAAAAUAAGAGUUUUGAUUACAGCACCAUCUAAUGCAGCAGUUGAUAAAAUAGGAUGGAAAUUGAUUGAGGCAAAUGAGCAUUGUUCUUCAAAAAGCUGCUUUAUAAAGUUCGUCAGAUUCGGGCAUUCAAAAUCUAUGCAUCAUAGUUUGCUACCAUAUUCACUUGAUGCAAAAGCUACUCGAUUAUAUCGAGAGACUAUGCAAAAUAAAAUGGAGUGUGAGAAAAAAGAACUUAAAGUAUUACAAGCAUCUGUCAAUGAACUUAAACAAAAACAAACUAAUGUUGCCGACUUUAAUACUGAAUUAAAAUUACAGUUGCUAACUAACCAGUGCGAGCCCAUGAAACAAAGUUUUAAUUUAGAUGACUUUGGGAACCAAACUGCUGAGAAGGAUUAUAAAUUAUCAAUUUUGAGGGAUGCCGAUGUUAUAUUAUCGACACUGGGUAGUUCUACCCAUCCUAUCUUAAUGUCUGCAUUUGGUUCUCAUUCAGAAAUGUGUUUAACGUGUUGUAUCGUAGAUGAAGCUACAGACUGCUCAGAAUUAGAAAUUCUUCAGCCAUUGAAACUAGGGUUCAAUAAAUUAGUAUUAUUUGGAAACUGUAAUGAAAAACGGCGACAUUCUUUUCAUUCAGGACAUCCAUUUGAACGUUCAAUGUUUGAAAGAUUUAAUCUUUUUUUCCAAACUUAUAAGCGAAACCCACUUUUUAAUGUUAAAAAAGAAAACUAAAAUUAUUCACAGCCCAAAUUUUAACAGCAUAUGUAUAUGACUCCUCUGAAAUCAAAAUUUGUACAGUCAAAAGUUGUUAAUUCGGACACCCAUAAUCCGGAAUGAUCUAUAAUCCGGACCUCAAAGCUUCAAACUUUCUGCGCAUGCGCGUAAGGCCUUUACAGCUGAG